AUGUCUCUCGACGACGAACUCCUCAUGCUCGCAGGCGAAGACGACGAAGACACAAAGCUGUCCUCUCCCCCACGCCGAAAACGCUCCUCGCCACCCACAUCCACGUCCCCCGCCAAAAAACGCACCCGCCCAACAUCCUCAAAGAAACCACGCUCCAAAAAGAUUAAAAAGACAGACUCUGACGACGACGGCGAUGACGAUGAUGACGACUCGUCAGCACUCUCAGAAGCACCCUCGUCAGACGAAGCCUCCUCGCAGAGCGAUGCCGACGAAGCAAUGGAUCUCGCCUCGUCCUCAUCGGAAGAGGAGGAGGAAAGUGUCCGCGAUCUCUAUCCGCUCGAGGGCAAAUACAAAGACACGGCAGACAUGCAGCGUCUCCUUGCCAUGGAGGAGAUUGCGCGCGAGGCUGAGCUUGCGGAGCGAGCGGCACAGAUCGAGCGUGCACAGCAGGACAGGCAUCUUCGGAAUCUGCUCAAGAGCCGUACUGCCGCCAGCGAGGUUUCGGGCGGAGACGCGAGCACGAGAAGGAGCGCGCGCACAAAGAGCAUGCCGAAGAAGAAGGAGGAGACUACGAAGCGCGGGAAGCUGGAGGAGCUGAAGAAGGCGAGAGAGGAUAGGAGCACUAGGGCUGCGGGAUCGGGCAAGACUGAAAGGGGGGAUGACGACGGGCACAAGAGACGGAGCUUGGCGGAUGAGGAGGAUGACAAGACGGGCUUUGCGGAGGAGCUGGCCCGGAUCGGACGGUCGGGAAUGGGGAAACUCUGUGACUAUCCUGGGUUUGAGGAGGCUGUGCGAGACUGCUUCGUUCGUGUAUCCCUCUACGACCGUGAAAAGGACACCACUGCCUACAGAAUCGGCCAGAUCAAAGGCUUUGUCACUAGCAAACCCUACACUCUGCUAGACGGAAAGCGUCGUACAGACAAACAUGUCCGCAUCCAACACGGUCUCUCCGAGAAGUCCUUCCAAAUGGAUUUCCUCAGCGACUCUCCCAUGACGGAAUCCGAGUUCCAGCGCUUCAAGAAGCAGCUCGAAUUCGACAAAGUGUCUCUCCCUACCCUCAGCUUCGUCGAAAAGAAGGCCCACGACAUCCGCGUUCUCGACUCCCGCACAUUCACUCCAGAGGAGAUCAGCGAAAUGAUCAAAAAGCGCAACAAGGACAAGAUUGACCCCGUCAAGAUUGUCAUGGCCCGCGCCAGACUAAAGCAGCAGCGCGAGAUUGCCGUGACGAACGGUGACGAGACGGAGAUCCUUCGUCUCGACAAGGAGCUGCAGGAACUCGAGGACUCUAAAGGCCGGCCACAUGCCAGGGUCGACAGUCAGAUGGACCGCCUUGCUCGCCUCAACGCCGAAAACCGGAAACGCAAUAUUGCGGAGCUCCGGAAGGCGGAGCUGGACGAGAAGCGUGCAGCCCGGAAAGCAGCCGAGGAGGCUGAACGCCUUGGGAAGAUGAGCAAUCCGUUCAUGAGGGUCAAGACCAAGGCCAGGGUCAUGCACAGCUCUGUCGAGGUCCGGAACGAUAAGGCUGAAGGCGAGGGCUCCGCUUCUGGCACCAAGGAUGAGUCCAAUACGCCGAAAGGCGUGGGCUUGAUUGGUAAUGGCGCAAAGAAGGGACGCAGAAUGGAUGGUGUGGAUGAUGUUAUUGCGUCCUUGGAUUUUGGGAUCGAUAUUGAGAUCUGA